UCCAUUCGAUUGCAUACACGUACAUUGAAAAAUGUACCGCAAGCGUGUUUUGAUACUCCUCUGCUAUAUAACCACCACUUUAUCUGCAAAAGUAACAUGGUUACCAAAUAAUAGUUUUAAUCUGCCGAAUAAUUUUGAUGAUGACAAACUACCUUGUUCCAAUAAAACUGUUGUGUUUCCUGAAGUUCUGACGGGGAAUGUACUUAUUGAGUCUCAUAUUUCAGUAAGUGGAUUUAUACUUCCAGAAAAUGGAGAAAUAUUGCUGGCUGAAGGAGUAGUCAUGGGAUUGGGACCAUCAGAAGACCUCAGCUGUACAGCUGGAAACGUUUACUACAAAGAAAAGAACAUAGCAAAAUGGUCUCAACCCAAUGUUUGGAGUUCUCCAAGAUUUAACGAUGCAACACCAGAUGCAGAAAGACUGCCAUGUUUCGAUGACGUUGUGAUAUUUCCGCCGAACAGUACUUUUACUUUGGAGUUACCAGAAAUAUUUCAGAAAGUUAAAGCGAUCGAAAUAAACGGAGAAAAUAUUAGUACCACUUUGAAAGAAUAUAUUUUAGGGCAUCCUAAUCCCGCCCAGCAAUAUAUUCUCAAUCAGAGUCCAUAUCAAUAUACUCACGUUGCUAUAAGAAAUAAUGAAUGUAACUCGCGAUCCGGGUGUCCAUGUCAACCCUAUUCACUGACGACUGAUUGUUCCCCAAAAUUUUGUGAAAAACCAACUUGUGCUGAUCCAAUCCAGCCAAUUGGACACUGCUGUAAAAUUUGCGGAGGUGCCAUAGUUAUAAAUGUUGAUGAAAGUUUCGAUAUUAUGAAGUUUCAAGAACUCGUUGAAAGGAUUGUGAAUACUUAUGGUGAAGAUAAUUUAAUUUACCACAUAGGAAGACUUCAGAAGGAUAGAGUACAAGUUGUUGUUCUUGAUAAGUAUGGAUACGAUCAGACCAGUGCUAAAGUAGUAAGUGCAUUAUCCAAUAAUUUGGAGAAAAGUUUAAGAAGCGAUAUGCUGGUAAGCGGGAUCCCUCUGGCCAAAUCGGGGUUAGGCGGGAAGCUCUUUAUUUCUAUGUUCUUCGCUGUUGUUAUGGUGAUGGCGGGCGUAUAUGUUUAUUAUUAUAAAUUGCCACAGAUCAACAUCCCAAAUAUAAUGGGGCGGAAUCAAGCUCACAUGUUCUCAAGGUUCAACCGAAGAACUGAGAGUGUGGUUUCUUUAACUCGAAGGGACUCAACCGCACCGAUAGGUGCCAGAUUUGCCACUGCGUUUAGAAAUCCUUUAUAUGACUCCAAAAGAGGGCGUGUUUUAGUUGAAGAAUAAAAUAUUAGAUUUAGUGAUGAAAAGUAGUGUUUGUAUCUGUAUUUAUAAAAUUGUUUAUGUGAAUUUAAUGAAGUAAAUCAAAUUGAAAUUGAAGUAGUGUUAGCCAAGUGGGAAAGACUUCAGCAAGCUUUGGAAUCUUCGGCACGAACCUCUAACUUAUUGGACUUAAGUACAUACUUUAAUAGAAAUUAAAUGUCGUUUUAUUAUGAAAAUUAAGCUUUAUUUGCUAUACUCCGCGAUAAGCAGGAGAAUCUGUGUCAAUCGUUAUACUCCACACCGAACUGAUCUUUUAUCCAAUAAAUAUAGUUUGCUUUUACGGUGAAGGAAAAAAAUGUGACGUGAUUUGCAUGCCUUAGAAUGCUCUAUAAAGUUUUCAAAGACUUGCUAAGUCCACCGAAUAAGUACUAAUCAACAAUUGGCCAGCGUAGUACCUUCUAAACUCUUGGAUAUUGGAUAGAAGCAG